UAGGGGGCACCUACCACGCCGAGCCUCAUGCUGACAACCCCCGGACAAGAGUAAGAGUCGGAAGCGCGAGACAUCUAAGAAGAUGGUAUUGAAGGAGAUUCCAACUGAAGGUGUUGCCCGGCCCUUGGGCCGGAAUGAAGUUAUUGGUUUACUCUUCCGACUGACUAUAUUUGGUGCAGUCACCUACUUCACCAUAAAGUGGAUGGUUGAUGCCAUUGAUCCCACAAGGAAACAGAAAAUGGAAGCACAGAAACAGGCAGAGAAACUCAUGAAGCAGAUCGGUGUGCAGAAUGUCAAGCUCUCAGAGUAUGAGAUGAGCAUCGCAGCACAUCUGGUGGACCCACUGACCAUGCAGAUCACAUGGAGUGAUAUUGCUGGCCUAGAUGAGGUCAUCACUGAGCUGAAAGACACUGUCAUACUUCCCAUACAGAAGAGACACUUGUUUGAGGGAUCCAGACUGCUUCAGCCACCAAAAGGUGUGCUGCUGUAUGGACCACCUGGCUGUGGAAAGACGCUGAUUGCCAAAGCAACUGCCAAGGAAGCUGGCUUCCGCUUCAUCAACCUGCAGCCUUCCACCCUCACAGACAAGUGGUAUGGAGAGUCCCAGAAACUGGCUGCUGCCGUCUUCUCUUUAGCCAUUAAGCUCCAGCCCUCAAUCAUCUUCAUCGAUGAAAUUGACUCUUUCCUGAGAAGCCGUUCCAGCUCUGACCACGAGGCCACAGCCAUGAUGAAGGCUCAGUUCAUGAGCUUGUGGGAUGGGCUGGAAACUGACUACAACUGCCAGGUCAUCAUUAUGGGGGCCACUAACCGUCCACAGGAUCUCGACUCUGCCAUUCUGAGGAGAAUGCCCACAAGAUUUCACAUUAAUCAGCCUAAUGUCAGGCAGAGGGAAGAAAUCUUGAAACUCAUAUUGGACAAUGAAAAUGUUGAGCCCACUGUUGACUUUGUUGAGAUAGCGAAGGAGACUGAUGGAUUCUCAGGGAGUGACCUCAGAGAGUUGUGUAGGGACGCUGCUCUGCUCUGUGUGCGGGACUUUGUCCAUAACACCCAUGCCAAUGACAGUCUAGAAGAGGAUUGCAUCCGGUCCAUCCAGCAGCAAGACAUGCAGAGGGCCAUCCAGAAGAUGAGGAAGUCCAAGUCUGCAGGGGGACAGAGUGUACUGAUGCAUGCUGCUAUGGAUUGAGUCUUGAUGUGCAAAAGAGAACUAUUAAGCCUCUGGCUAUGUUUUCCCUAUGUAUAAAGAGUACUGAUAGAAAUCAUUAAGAGAUACACAUAAUGUAAAGUCUAUCAUAAUAUCACUUUGUAACAUUUUACUUCAACAAUUAAUUUAGAACAAUUUGGUUCAUUGCAUUUACAUUAAAUAUUUUGGUCAAAAUGCAAUUUAUUUAUCUUGAAGUUAGGUGUUACAUGAUACUUAUGUUGGUAUUAGUUUCUUAUCCAUGUCUGCUCAACCAAGGUCUCACCGAAGCAUGCUCUCAGACUGCAAAAUAUGAGCACAGCUUUGGAUCCGUUCAGGUUUGACAGCACACAUGCUCGUCCUUAUUACACACACAGCAAUAUUGAUUUAGCCUUGGCCUUUCAUCUUCCAUUUUUUAUCUGAGCAUCAUUUCUUUUGGUACUGUAUAUUUUUGGGCUAUUCAGAUUAUUUUUUAUCAAACUAGCUAGUGUAACAUCUGUAAUAAAAUGUGCUACUUUUAGUAGGCACCGUCAUCCUUUGACUAUUAGCUAAAUGUUAUACAAUGAGUGGUUCUCGGAUGUCUGAAUUAUGAGUUCGAUCAUGCAUGAUAAAAGUUUCUAUAUCCGACAGAGCAAUUCAACUUUUCAUCGAAAGUCAAUUAUCGCUGUGGAUGUUGUGAAGAGAACACGAUGCAAAGAUGCUUGGGGUAAAGAUUAGUGUCGUGGCCUUCCAUUUCUUUCUAGUAAAUACAUAAGAGUAGGUUAGAGCUGUAAUAUCGUGAGCUGCUAAUGUUAAGGUAUUUAUUAUUCAUUUAUUAUUUGAGUUUACUUUUGUUUUUAAAACUUCAAUAGAUCAGGAAACCUGUGUGACAGGUUGUGUGUGUGUCUGUGCUUUCAGGUCCUUUUUAUGUUCCCUUCUCAGUCCAGGUUUCAUAAACAGAAUAUAGAAACUGCUUGUGAAUACUUCCUGUGCUGAUUGUCGUGUCUCUUAUGCUGCAUUCAUGUGCUAGUCGGAACUAGGAAACUCGGAAAUGUCAGACUUGCUAACUGGUUGUAGUUAUAUACGUGCCGCCUUCAAGUUUACAAUUGGCUCAUUCAUCCCCCUCCUCUCCCCUGUAACUAUUCCCCAGGUCGUUGCUGCAAAUGAGAACGUGUUCAAUAACGGUAAAAUAAAAAAAACAGCAAGUCGGAAAUGUCAAGAGUUUCCUAGUUCUGACUAGCACGUGAACACAGCAUUAUAGUUUCUGUUUAUCUCUUAUGAUGAACAGGAUGCUUAAUUGUUGGGUGAUUGAUUAUUUAUUCAUGACAAACUUCUAGUAUCUCCCACAAGCAACAGCCAUUGGAGCUUGUAAAUUUAUUGAAUGUGUGAUUGCCAAUUCAUAGUUAACUUGAAUGACAAGUUCUGUGGACAUAUAGUUUUGGGGAUUGGUGGAAAUAGUUUUGUUUAUUUUUUAACUUUUGUUUCGAUAAAAUAUGCUUGCUUUUCUUUUUAAUUUUAAAUAAUGGUGUUCCUGAUUGUGACUAAUAUGUUAAUUGAAUAAUGUUUUUUCAGUUAACAAAUCGUCCAAUGCGCUUCCUUUGUAUUACCCUGCAUUCUGGUGUCUGCUAAAAUAUAUUACACAAAUACAUAUUUUGAUGUCAUGUAAUGUAUUUGCUUGACAUUUCCUAUACUCUGAAAAGUAUUCUGAAAUAUAAAAAGGUAAAUAAGAACAUGA